UCUUUGCGUUCACCACUAUCAAUACUCACUUAUAUCACAGAUAACACCCCGUGCGCAUACUUUCAUUUGGCGCAUAUUUCAGAGAGUGAUAACAUUCGUUCUGAUUGAUUAUAUACAUCAAACGCAACUCGUAAGCCUACAACAAAUUGUGUUUGAUAGGUAUACCUGAAACCUGUCCUGUUAUUCGCCCCUUUACCAGUCAUCCAGCGACAUUCUAGGACUGUGGAACAUCGUCAACGACUGGGUAGUUCAGCGGCGGUAUUCAUUAUUACUCAACCAGUACUCAUCUGUGAUUACUUCCGUAAUGAAAAACCCAUAUAAGCCAAACGCCAUGCAUGCCCGAGCUUUGCUGCACUAGAUGUCUUUCUAAUUAAACCUGUGUGUUGCUUCGUGCGGAUGGUGGGUAGAUCGUGAUGAUCAGAGGCAGGGUCGGGUCAGCCCCUUUCUGAAGUUCCCUUUUCCAUGUGGUUCCCUCAUCUUCGUGCUUGAUGAAACGAAAGCCCAGAUCCUUAUCGCUGUGAUGAGCAUUAUGAGUGUGCUGUGGUGUUCUGUGUAUGACAGAAGUGAUGAGCUAUCGAGAUAAACAAUGCAGUCCGAAUAUUCACAAUUUUAAUGUCGCAGCGGCCUUUGUUUGUGCAAUAAAAAAUGAAACACGUUAAGAGUUACAGAAUCAGGGGCAAAAUGCACAUUUGCUGAUAUUCAUCUGCCAUUAGGUACUUGCAUUGCUUGUUCUGUUGCAAAUAAGUGGGUAAAAUUGGACAACAAUAAUAAUAAUAAUGGGAUGUCACGAUCUAUCUUGUCCACACAGUCAUGAGGAGGAGGAAGUCAGCAUGAAAUCAGCAUGAUCAUAAUCUUUCUUAACGUUCGUGAUAUAUUCCUGAAAUAGGAACGGAUCAACUUGAAAUUACAAAAAUGACGAAUCAAUGUUUCCAGAUACUCCAAUUCUAUGGUCAAAAUUUGUAUAGGCAGUUGACGUCGAACCAUUAUACAGGUUCAAUGAGAUGCAGGGUACACCAUUAAAAGCAAGUGUUGUUGUGGAACAUACUGUAUUGAAUUACGAGUAUACUUAUCUCAUUUUGAUCAUACUCUUUUACUACAGGUGUUGGAACAUGCUGGGGUCGUAAGAAACGAAUACGAAACAACCCGAAUCCUUCGAAAGCGGAAUAGAUUUCACAUGGAUGAACUGUAUAUAAAACCUUCCAGAUCAGGAACAUAACUCACAGUCUAUGAUCAAGGCCACAACCGACUCGUCGGGCUGACCGGAUGCGGAGAGAAAAAACACUUCCUCGAGAAUUCCACCGCAUCGAACAGCAAAGGCACAAUCGUGUGGUCCACACACCAGAAUUCGGUCAGGAUGUCGUCGGACGGGGACGCCGAAGCUUCGGGGUCCAAGUCCCCGACGUCCUCGGCUGCUCCAACUGCAAUUGGUCCCUCGACGUCUUCCGACGGGGCGGGAGCCGACAAGGGCGAUGAUGACGGGUCAUCCUUCCCGUUGAAACCCCUGUCUGGACACAGGAAUAUAUCUUCUCCUCCGCCUGGAUUUCCGACGCCAGAUGAGAUCUUGAGGCUUCGAUCUUUAAGUCGGAGAGUUAAGGUCAACGUUGGUGGCGUGCGUCAUGAAGUAAUGUGGCGAACCUUGAGUCGACUCCCGAGAUCUCGGCUCGGAAGACUCCGUGAAUGCACCACCCACGAAACCAUCAUGGCCAUCUGCGACGACUACGUCCUCAUCGACAACGAAUAUUUCUUCGACCGUCACCCUGGGUCGUUCUGCUCUAUCCUCAACUUCUACCGGACAGGCAAGCUGCAUCUGAUUGAGGACAUCUGCCCGGUGUCCUUCAGUGAAGACCUGGAGUACUGGGGUAUCGAUGAACUGUACAUGGAAUCCUGCUGCCAGCACAAGUACCACGCUAAGAAGGAGCAGCAGGUAGAGGAACAGAGGAGGAUUGAGGACAGUCUAAGGCAGAGGGAGGAAGAAGAUUUUGGAACAGGAUGCCUGGCCGACAGACGACGACAGCUCUGGGAUCUUAUGGAGAAACCAAACUCAUCGACCGCUGCAAAGGUCAUCGCUAUCAUCUCCAUCCUUUUCAUCAUUCUGUCCACCAUAGCCCUAUCUCUCAACACCAUGGAAGGUUUACAGAAAAGAGACGCCCAGAACAACCCUAUCGACAAUGACAAAUUGGCCAUGAUAGAGAGCAUCUGUAUAGCUUGGUUCACUCUAGAGUACCUCCUGCGCCUCAUUUCCGCUCCCAACAAGUGGAAGUUCUUCAAGGGCGUCCUCAACAUCAUCGAUCUCCUGGCCAUCUUACCGUACUACGUAACACUCUUCCUCACCGAGUCGCGAGAGAGCGUCAUGCAGUUCCAGAACAUGCGACGGGUUGUCCAGAUCUUUCGGGUGAUGCGGAUCAUGAGGAUUCUCAAGUUGGCCAGGCACUCGACCGGGCUGCAGUCACUGGGUUUCACGCUCCGCACCAGCUACAAAGAACUGGGACUUCUGAUACUGUUCCUCGCCAUCGGCAUUAUGCUUUUCUCGAGUCUCGCGUACUUCGCCGAGAAAGACGUUCCUUUUACCGAAUUCACAAGUAUUCCUGCGUCUUUUUGGUGGGCUGCCAUCACGAUGACGACAGUCGGUUACGGUGACAUCAGCCCCAUCACCGUUCUUGGGAAGAUCAUUGGUUCUGUUUGCUGUGUGUGCGGUGUGCUCUUUAUCGCCCUUCCCAUUCCCAUUAUCGUUAACAAUUUCUCCGAGUACUACAGAGAGCAAAAGCGACAGGAAAAAGCACUGAAACGUCACGAAGCACUUGACCGGGCUAAACGCGACGGAAGCCUGGUCAGCCUUGAUAUGCGAGAUCUCCAUUUCGUAGAACUUUCUGAGAUGGGUUAUGGAUUGAAGCCCUUAAAUCCGGUAGUUCAGACUCGUAUGAGAAGUAGUUCCAGCCCGCUGAGGUGCAAGGAUAAGAGAGGGGCCCAGGCAGAUCCUGAUAUUGUGGGAUUGAACCGGAGGUACCAUUCCCAUGACGAAGGUAUAAAGGACAAUACUGGAGUCCAGUGGAGAUGCAAUGAUAGGGCACAUAGUGGAAUAUAUCCGCAUGGGAGAGACCGUACUUACAGUUCUACCACGUACACUGAUCAUGCAAAUAGACAAAGCUCUAGUAGUCUCGCAUCCGAUGCGUUUGGUGAAUCACACGAUCAUCAUGAAUUACCGAGAAUCCUUCGGACCAUAGGUAAUGUAGGGAUCUUAGCAGGUCAGUCUGGAGUGGGAGGCCAAGAUGAUAAGUCGACUGACAGAGGACCGCCAAGUUAUGACUUGUCAAUCCACACUAUAAGUUCCCCAAGCAAGCAGGGUAAGGUCGAAAUGCAGUUGCCUGAUAGGUACGGCGGUCCGUCACACCGCGAUGAUUCGCAGAGCGGGUUUCGACAGUCGAUGUCUCCUAGAGACACAGAUACCAGCGAAACAGAACCUUUGCUCGGACCAAGACAGGGACAUGGCAAAGAAACGCCCUCUCCGGUCUCUGACUGUAACGCAACAGGUGAGAUGGGAGUCAUAGUUCAGAAACUUGAUGAUGGUUUCACGACCACAUGGACGAAAGCACCAGAGCCUGGCCGUCCGGGGCAACCCGUGAAACCCUCAUUAAAGCAUACCAUGAGUUCAGGCGAUGAACCCAUGGAACGCUCUUCCUUGACAAGAAAAUCCAGUUCGGAAAGUCAAUAUUCACAGGGUGGGCAUCCGAAGCGGGUCACGAUCGAGGAAGGGAGAAGAGCAAGCGUGUCCUCGACCGACUCUGGCUCGAGUUCCGGUGCAGCGCCCCACCCGCGUCUGUGCAAAAAAGCUGGUACAAAACCUAAGACAAGGAAACAGAAGCAUCGACCGGCCUUCCUAGCUGGUAUAGGAAGUAUUACCGCUGGUAUCAAGUUAGGUCGCCAAAGCUCCAAGGACAGUGAUUCAAGCAAACGACCAAACGAUUCUUCUCCUUCGUCAAAGAAACCGGGUGAUAAUAGUAACAGUAGGUCAAAGGCAAGGUCCCGCAGCAAAGCGGGACUCUUGAACUUCCAUUCCAAGAAGCAACGCGAUACCAGCGGUCCCGUCCCUAUGCAAACAAUCACCAGUGCAGAAGAUGCCGGUAGUAACGGUUCACAUGAUGACAAGCCUCAGGGAGAUAUUAUUGACUUAAUGCAAACCACAAACACCUCUGACGCACAGGUUGAGAAUGGUGAUGCUAAUCCUGACAUUCGCCAACACACACCUUCGCAUUCGCAAGAACUACUUAACUUAGAUAGUAAUAGCAAAGUACCACUUAGAAUGGUAUCUUCAAACGGCAUUCCUAAAUCGGCACCUUCCCUUGUGGAUGAACUUCUCAACGGAGACACACAAGGAUCAGAAUCCACAAAUCCUUGUAACUUGAACAGAUCAAUGCCCAUUAAGCAACUCUCACUCGACGGCGUUCCCCGAUCUGCUCCGAAACCCCCCGAUCUCAUGUCCCGGUCAACUCCGAACUCUCCCGACCACACGGGAGUUCCUUCGGCAAAUCAAAAGGCUUGGGGAUAUCCCUUUUUGUCAGAGACCCUUCCAGAUUGUAAGCCAGAUAAACCGAUUGACAUUUCAUCAAACGACUGCCAUUCCAGUCAUUCCGACAGCCGAGAAAAUUCAAUUAAAUGCUAAGAACCAUCUAUGCAACGCAUCAUUCACUUGCCAUCGUUUAUAACAUGACUGUUUUGUAAGUUCUGGGCCCUGUCUUACAAAGACUUACGAUUGAUCCAAUCAACCGUAACUCUAAGGAAAUCCAUCAAAGUCAUAAUGUUUUCUACAGGACAUUUGCAUAAUGUCCUUUGUAAACAAAGGAGAACACACCAAAUUGUCUAGAAAUCAAUGAAUUUAUGGAUAUACAUUC